GUCAUAAUACAACGCCGUUAGUAUUGAACGCUAGCAACAGGAAGACGUUGUAUCAAAACCAGUUAACGCUUUCACUUUAAGAAAAACAUAAGUAUCAACUGCAUGCGUACAGAAAAAAAAUCAGAUUUUCACAAAGCGUGAAAAUAAAACUUAAAUCCCGCUGAUACUAUAAAAUUAGAAAGUCUUCGGAGUCAUAACAUGAAGGCAGCAUAUCUAGGAACCUCAACCAUUUGCUAGUCCAAGUCUUGCGUUGGAAAGAUGGCGUUUAGACGCGAUGAGCAAAUUGGCGUUACUAGCAAACAUCUAAUGGGGCUUUUGGAGCCGGAUUCAUUCUGGGAGCUUGUGGAGAAUCUGCUGCUGCACUCCUGUCGGGACAACGUACGCCGGCAACGGCACAACGCUGCCAUAUCGACGCUCUGCAGAGGACACGCGCUCGUAUGCGUCACGAAAGAAGCCAAGAGCCCGACACCUCCCGCUAAAAAGAUUAAUGGUGGAAAAAGUGAAGAACAUCUCAGGAAAGGCAGGCACUUCCAGCCGGUGGUGAGCAGACGAGCGUCCGAACAUUUCUGGAGAUCAGGACGGACCAAGAAAUCUAAGCACCGAGCGAAAGCGGAAGCGGAAGUUAAUAACCGUAUGGAAGACGAGACCGCUAAAACUGCAAAAGCGGACAAAACUCCAAACGACAAACACACCGAAAAUGGACAGUCAGCGAAGUUAUAUUCCCGCGCGACGCGUAGCGAAUGCAGCGUUAAUGACCAGGAUGUAAUUUUCCUCAAUAACGCUAGCGUUCCACCGUCUGAACGCUUAUGGCGAUUUGCCAUUAAAAAUCGUAAGAAACAACAGGACCUAAAAGACGAACAAGCGCAAUCCACGAGCCAAACACAUAUCCCUAGCGUCCGAAGCAAUGAAGCAAUAUUCGAGGGCCUGAAGCACAGACUAAAAGACGCGAGAAACGAGCUUAUUCAGGACAAGGGUCCCUCGAAGGCACGGAAAAAGAAAAAGAAGUCUUCGGAAAGGCAGAUGAAAGCCCAUAAAUACAAGAGUGAAUAUCGCUCAGUAAAAUCAAAGGCGAGGCACAUGGAAACGUGCGAAACGAAAAAAGCGAAUGAGGCCAACACAUCCAAAAAGUCCACGCAAUUGGACGAAGCAAAGGAUAACUCACAUGCAACAACAGUGCAGACGGAAAUGGAACCAAAAAGUAAGGAAACCCAGCAUGACAUCUGCAACAAGCAGGUACAAGAUUUGAUAGACAUCAGCAAAAGCAAAAACGAUUGGAAGCCGGGCAGCAUUUCUAUGGUAACUUUCGAAGAGAAAAAGAGCAUGUAUGACAGCGUUCUGAAGAAGCGACUCAACUGCGGGAGCAGGCUCGAGACCCUGAGUAAAGAAAUAGGAAAAAAGAACCCACGGACGACGCUGAGCCGCGAGACAACCAUGAAGUACGCGGAGUUGAAGACAGAGUACCUGAAGUUCUGCUACCAGGAGGCGGCGCUGCGCCACCAGAUCGCCAUCCUGCAGGCCGAGAUCUACAUGAUGCAGAAUAAAGGAUUCCAUAAACGACCGGCUACAAUCAAAACAAUCACCCUCGAUUCCAAAUCAACUAAUCUUCCGGUCAGACAGGAAAUGACGUCAGAGGUAUCACGUGACACGGAGUUUGAUCACGUGCCAUUGCUCCCGCGUUUGAAACCACCGAAACCAUUGCUUCUCCUUCCAAGUCCAAACAGUGAUAAAACGCCCGAAAAAACAAAACCGAAACAAGAGUCGAGACGUAUUGGGAGCUUGUCGAGUAGCGAGGCGGACGUCAUGCUACUGCUGCCCUCUCUCACCGGCACGCCCGCACUCAGGGGCAUCUGUUCCGUCUACAACCUGACUACCGAACUGGAGCCGCCACUAAAGAAAAGACAACCGGAUGUUCUUCUAAAACCUGCUACACCCGGCGUAAAAAUUGUACACAGGCUGCCGAAAAUGUGCAGAAUUCUUCAGUUGUAAAUUCUAUAAGGAAAUAAGUAAUCGUCGUUUGUAUUUUUGUAACUUACAAUAAAACAAUGAUAAUA